GAGUGGCUACGAAUCUGCCUCGAAGGACUUUGUGCCUGCUGACUUGGAGGUUCAAGUUCCUGGGAGAGCCUUCCUGAUCACCGGCGGGAACAGUGGCAUUGGCAAAGUGACUGCCACAGAAAUAGCCAAGCGAGGUGGCACAGUUCACCUGGUUUGUCGAGAUCCAGGAAGAGCAGAAGGGGCCAAAGGUGAGAUCAUCAGGGAGAGCGGCAAUCAGAACAUAUUUUUGCAUAUUGUGGACUUGUCUGAUCCUAAGAGAAUAUGGAAAUUUGUGGAAAAUUUCAAGCAGGAACAUAAACUCAAUGUUCUGAUCAAUAAUGCAGGUUGCAUGGUCAAUGAAAGAGAGCUCACAGAAGAUGGACUUGAAAAGAACUUUGCUACCAAUACCCUAGGUGUGUAUAUUCUCACGACUGCCCUGAUCCCUGUGCUGGAGAAAGAACACGACCCCAGAGUGAUAACAGUCUCCUCUGGAGGAAUGUUGGUUCAGAAAUUGAACACCCACGAUCUCCAGUCAGAAAGGACGGCAUUUAAUGGAACCAUGGUCUAUGCACAGAACAAGAGGCAGCAGGUGGUUCUGACUGAGCGGUGGGCCCAGAUGCACCCGGCCAUCCAUUUCUCCUCAAUGCAUCCCGGCUGGGCCGACACUCCAGCGGUUCGGCUGUCGAUGCCUGGGUUCCACGCCAGGCUCGGGGACAGGCUGCGCUCUGCGGCCCAGGGGGCAGACACAGUGCUGUGGCUUGCCCUCUCUUCAGCGGUGACCACACAGCCCAGCGGCCUCUUCUUUCAAGAUCGCAAACCAGUACCUACGCACCUGCCUUUUGCCGGAACAUCCUCCUCGCCGGCUGAAGAGGAUAAACUCAUCGAAAUUCUGGAACAACUGGCUCAAAGAUUUAAAUAGGCCAGGUCAGCCCCAACACAGGGCCAGGAUUGCCUUAGAAAACGAUGACAGGACACGUGGUAGGGAUCUGUGAACAGACUCCAGCGUCCCUCUACGGACACGCCGUUUGAGGACGGGAACACUCGUGAGGAGCUGAGCACAAGCUAAUCUUGAUCUUAAGCAAGCAGGUUGUUUUCUGCUUAAAUCUCGCAUUUGAGACUGUGAUUCUCUAAAGAAAAGUAAGUUUAAGAUUGACCUAGCACACACACACACAAUAGAAUACUAUCCAGCCUUGGGAUCAGCAGUUAGCAUAAUAACUAUGUUGCUGGACUCCCACGUAGUCAACCAUGG